AUGGCCAAGCAAUCUCCCGUGCGCCCGCUUUCCCCAGUGUCUUCGAACAUAGCUACUUUUUUGCUGCCUUCCUCGUCCCCUCGUUCAGGAACCCUCUCGGAUACUGAGUUUGAUUCUGGUCUCAAUACGUCCGCCGCUUGGACUGUGUCUUUGGCGUCGACUCCCGAGACACUACUACAUCCUGUUGUCGAAACCAAUGCGAAGUCCUUGUCCGAUGAGGAGCCUGGCGGCGAUAGCGAUGAAGAUCCGGAUGCCGAUAACGAGCCAGGCCGCCCCGCGCGUGCUCUAUACUUUUUUGAGGGUAAGCCAGAAUUCCGAGAGCUCGCUUGUGUGGAAGCUGGGGACGAGCUGGAAGUGCUAAAAGAGGAUGUGGGGGACGGUUGGAGUCUCGUAAAGAUCACGAAAUCUCGGAAGGAAGGCGACGAGGGGCGGCAAGGUGAGGUUGGCUUGCUGCCACAAACGUACUACACUUUUACUGCCGACUUCGCGCUUCUACCUGGGUUUGCACUCCCAUCCGCGCACACUCGGUCACGAACAAGGCGAGAGGCAUCAGGAUCGUCCAUCACACCCCGCGGUUCGCCUUCUCGCGGUUCACAACCGCUUCCCCUCGUCCCGCAGUUCACGGGCGAAUGGUUUCCCAGUUUCCGUCGUAGUCUGUUGGGUGGUCGCAGUCUGAACCGCUUUUCAAACUUCGUCACAAGCGGUGCCGAGGAAUUCGUAUUGCAAGGCAGCGCAGAAAGCGACGCUCCGCCUCCCCAGAGUCACAGCAGGCAGUCUUCAGAACAUGGUGUACAUGGCGAUGAUAGCAAUAGACAGAGCAUGUUGGGAAUGGCAAGUGAGACCGAGCGACAUUUUGUCGAUGUGGGUCCUACAUGGAAGAGUAAGCUUCCCGCGUUCCGCGUACUGGUGCAUUCGCCAUCGAAAAGGAGCUCGUCGCUGACCGGACAGUACACCGUGUACACGCUCACCUCCAUCUUUGAGCCGCAACCUGCCCAUGAUCGUGCUGGAUCCGAACCUGAGUCGGACUCAGAGACAGAAUCAGACACGGACAAGGACAGCAGGCCCGCGAGCAUCACCGUUCAACGGCGCUUCUCGCAUUUUGUGGUGCUGCACACCGCACUGUCGCGGCGACUGCCUGGAAUCGCUCUCCCACCGCUGCCGGAGAAACAAUACGCGGGACGGUUCAACGACGAGUUCGUCGAAGCACGGCGCGGCGAUCUCGAACGGUAUAUUAAUCGCGUCGUGCGCCAUCCAGUCGCGCGAUAUGCGGAGAUGCUGACCUUCUUUCUCGGUUGCGAAAGCGAUGUGGAAUGGAAGCGGCAGCUGCCACAGUACCUCUCGCUGCCGCCAAAAGGCCCGUCGUUUUAUGCGGAGGUGUAUCAUCCUGCAUUCAACCUCGACGCCGAUGAAGCUUCUGAGACGGUAGAUAAGUUUGUGAGCCAUACGCGGGCAGCAGGCAAGGGCGUGCAAGGGCUGAGGAACAUCUUCGGUAAGAUUCGAGAGGCACGAAUAGAAAUGUCGAAGGCCGAGCGGCUGCUUUCAUAUUCAUUUUUAUCGCUGAUCACCUCCAAACCUCUCGCGUCGACUUCAAAUGGGGGUAGCAUAGAGGAGGAGGAAGAGGACGAAAGCAGAACGAAAGGGCUUCUUAAUGGGGAUGGUGCAUGGUGCUGGCGAGAGAACUGCGAAGGUGCGCUCGUGAGAGUAGAGGCUCCACAUGACACUGAUGAGGGGGAAGAUUGUCUCAGGCUCACAAAGGCGGUACAGAAGACCUCCGAGACUCUACAGAGCGUAGCUGAUCUAUAUGACAGUCAUGCUAGAAAAACGCAGCUCGCGACUCACGAGUCCCUAAAGAAUGUCGCACAUCCCGCGACCAUCUUCGCACCGGUGAUCGAUACCCAUAAAUCCACGCUUUCACGAUAUAACGAGGCGAUUCGAGAAGGCGAGGAAGAUGAAGAGACGGCUGCGCGCUGCGAGACCGUCCUGAACACGACGAUGGCGGAGAUGGACACCUACCAUACGCAAAAGGUUGACGACUUCCAAGCCAUCGCAAAGGACCAUCUCGAUGGCGAGAUCGUGUUGUACGAACAGACCGAUCACACCCCAUGUCAACGCCAGAUCUUGACUCGUCUGCGCGCUGCGCGACAGAUGUUCGACACCCCACAGUACACCACGCUCGCUGAAGGUCCGCGCCAGCCAUCGAUGUACGAGCGCGAGCUGGACCAUCCGCGCCUCGCCCCAGCGCCGCUCACCCAACCGUGCCCACACGUUUUCGACUCGGCGCCCAUACGGCCUGUCAGCGCGGCCAUCCAGGAAGGCGUGGGGAUGCUGCUCGGCGGCGUCGCUCCCUCAACACGGGCAAGUGUGUUCGGCAAGCUCUGGUAG